AUGGGCGCCGCGGAGGGGCCGUCGCAGUGGGAGCACCAGGUUGGACACGCGAUGGACCUCCUGCUCGGUCUCAUGGCGCUCGUCGGGGGGUUUCUUGGAUGGAUGUACUGUCACCUGCGGGCGGAGCGGAGACGACGGAUGGCGGAGCGCGCGCGAUUGGUGAGCGAGCGAGGGGUGGUGUAG